UUCACUUCCAUACUUUGGCCGGAGGGAUGAAUCUGGAGGAGCCUCUGAAGCAGCUCUCCAGUGAUUUGCUCAACCUUCUGGCCAACGGGCAGGCAUUUAGCGAUGUGACUUUCACAGUCGAAGGCAGGCCGGUCUACGCUCACAAGUGCGUCCUGGCAGCAAGAAGCCAAUUCUUUAGGAUGAUCUUUUGCAGCAGUGAAGCUUCACAAGACAUACCAGGACGGCCACCGAUCCCUGUGGGAAUUGUUGGAUACGACGUCUUCAUGCUCAUGCUCCAGUUUCUAUACAGCGGCCAAUUAUCUCUGGUCCCUCCGCAUCCAACCGGUUGCAAAGAAGGCGCUUGCUGGCACGUCUACUGCAGAUCAGCGGUGGAUUUUGCUCUCGAGGCAUUGCAUGCUGCUCAAGUCUUCAGCAUCGAGCAGCUCUCCAUCUUAGUCCAGAGGGAGCUGGCCGGAAUUGCUGAGAAAGCAUCGAUUGAAGACGUAAUGCGGAUACUUGCAGCGGCGAGGAAGCAGGACUUGCUCCAUCUCUGGUCAGUCUGCUCCAAACUAGUAGCAAAGUCAGGUCUGUCCUCGGAAGUUUUACGAAAGCACUUGCCUGGAGAAGUAGUAGCCGAGGUAGAAGCCAUCAGGCAAAAGUGUGGAUACGGCUUCGAAGCGCAUUCUAGCGAUGCUUUGGACGACCAGCGGACGAGGAGGAUGCAGAAGGCCCUCGACUCAUCGGAUGUAGAGCUCGUGAGGCUGAUGGUGAUGGGAGAAGGCCUCGACUUGGAUAAAACUCUGGCCAUCCACUAUGCCGUAGCAAACUGCAGCCGCAAAGUCGUCAAGAAUUUGCUAGAGCUGGGGGCAGCCAAUGUCAAUAUGCCAGGUCCGGACGGAAGAACUCCGCUCCACAUUGCUGGAGAGCUGGCCGACCCCGAGAUGAUAGCGGUCCUUCUCGACCACCACGCCGAUCCACACUCCACCACUCCAACCGGUGCUACGGCGCUCAACAUACUCCAGAACUUGGCGUCUGAGGCACUGGCGGUGGGAGCUCUCACGGGAGUGACUGCCGAUCAUAACAAGCUCAGGCUUUGCCUCGACUUGCUCGAGUCGGCUGCGGCUGUACCAGCGAGUUGCUCCAGAGACGAGGACGAUAGCAGCAGCUCCAUGUUGACGGAGCAGCAGCAGCAACGGGAGAGGCGGCUUCCCAUGAUGAUCGGACAACCCGUGAGCACACCGAGUAGCACGCAACAAAGUGACCCUCCCACAAUCCUGAUGCAUCAAAACUAUUACCCCGUUAUUUCUGCAAAAGGACACUCGCCGACAUGGAGUGAGCAGGAGGAGGUUAUUGAUCCAAUGCCGAGAUUGCUACCACUGACUCAGGACGCCUGUGCAGACGACUAUGGACGGGGAGAACAAUGGAGUUACGAUUUGAUUACGUGAAACUCUAAAACGAAAGUGGAUACUGCAUGAGGAACUGCUCAAAACUCUAAAGUUGAAGUCA